AUGGUCGGCCUGGCAGCUUACUACACUCCUCUACCCGACGACGUAGCCCUCAGCGAGCACUCACGCAAGUUCUACGACGGGACGUACAAAUGGGAUUCAGAAGGCUUCACCGAUGACGCCGGAGUCUAUCGCGAAUUCGACUGCUACGACCCUGAUGCUCGUGCUCCCACACCCUUGCCACCGCUGUGCUUGAGCGACGACGAUGAAGAGGCCGGUGCAGUGGAAGAGAAUAUCCACGAUGGAGAAUACGAAACCGAGAGAGUGGAAGAGGACCCCGAAAUCUUUACGUUCGCAUCAAAUGUCAAGAGCACGGGUGGCGUUAUCACUUUACGACGUGAUGAGCUAUUUCGUGGUCAUGCUGAUAGAGAGCAUCUCAUUGGCAAAAUGGAGAGUGCCUUGAUCGAAAGCAGGUCGCCAACAAAACUGAAGAUCAAAUUCGUCACGCCUUUGAAAGUAACCAAACCGGACCCACGCACGUUCUUCUCGCCUUCGGAGUUGUCGGACUGUCCUUCGGACAUAUCAGAGUGGGAUGUCGGCAAACCCGUAUUGAAGGCGAGAACUUUUGCGAACCUAGUCAUCGACGAAACGCUCCAACAAGGUACCGAUGAGGAAUCACCACAGAAGCCUAUAACCCGCGGCGUCGCGCAGAAAGUCAAGAGACAGAAGUCGGCGGCCAGGCCAAUCAAGGCGUCGCCUACGAUUGAGUCACUACAAACUGGCAGCUAUAUAAGGGGCACUGGGGAGGUAUCAAGGCGUCGGUCCACGAGACUUAGUAGCUCUCAAGGUGGCAAGUAG